AUGCAAGGAGGUCAGGGAGGCUGCUCGUCGAACUGCUAUUGUGAUCCCCGCACACCCGGUGGCCAGCAAUACGGCGUCUGCGACACAGCUACUGGCUGCACUCAGCCUACCUGUUCGAGCGAUCUUGACUGCGGCCCUGGUCAGGCUUGUGCCAACUACAACUGCCCCCAGGGCCCAGUGUGCGUGAACUACUCGGGUUGCUCGUCGUCAUUUGUGCCGGCUCAGGCGCCGGCUAAGAGGGGUUCGGUGGAUGGCGCGAAGAGGAUGGCUCAAGGAGAGCGGAGAGCACAGGCUGUUGAUGCGAAGAAGUUGCUCCAGUGCAGGUGGGAUGGACUUACGCCGCAGCAAUGCCCAGCUUAG